CAGUUUCUCAGUUUUCUCUUCAGUACUUGCACAUACUAUUAUCGUUUCUUUUCAUUGUUUGGAAUAGCUGGCUUCUAUACCUUCAUUUGAAUCUUGUCAGCUUUUGGUUACUCUUCACCAUGCCUGCUUGGUCAUCCCUCUUUACUCUCCUGGCCGCUUCGGCUCCCCAGGUCCUGGCUUCUUGCGCCUAUGGAACUCAUCUGCAUCCUCGAGCUGAGGCCUUUGAGGAACCCAAGUUUGGAUACAACGGUAUCAAAGGCCCGGUCAACUGGUACUCUCUCGACCCAGCUGCCAACGUCAUGUGCGCCACGGGCAAGAGCCAGUCGCCAAUCAACAUGGCCAAGGGCUCGUUCAACCUCAUCCCUGCAUCCGAGAUGACGCUCGAAAUCCCCGACUUUACCGAAGGCGCCGAAUUUGAGAAUCUCGGCACCACCGUCGAGGUAAUCGCCGAGGAGGCCGGCGGCGGCAGCCUCGAGAUCGGCGAAAAGUCCUACGAGCUCAAGCAGUUCCAUUUCCACCUCCCCAGCGAGCAUCUUGACAAUGGUACGAGCAUGGCCAUGGAGAUGCACAUGGUGUGGCAGACUGCGGAGGAGGAAAUCGCCGUCAUCGGUGUUUACAUUGACCUGGACGAUGGUGCUGCUGCUGCUGCGUCCUCUGCCAAGAGCCACCACGCCCGAGGCAGAGCAAAGAGGGCUGCGCUGGAGCCUCGGCAGAGUGCAGCUACAGCAUCCACUGUGCUUGAAACAGUUCUGGGGUCUGUCGAUAAGAUUGCGACCCCUGGCGCAACCACUCACACGGAGCCGCUGGCCAUGUCUGAGCUUGUCAAGCUCCUGACCUCUGGAUCGUUUCAAUCAUACGCCGGCUCGCUUACAACCCCUCCUUGCAGCGAAGGUGUCCGAUGGCUCGUCUCCAACAAAAAGGUUUCAAUCAAGACAAGCACCUACCUCAAGGCCCGCUCUGUCAUUGGCUUCAAUGCGCGAUAUCCCCAGAACGCCCCAGGAGAGGAGAACCUGUUGCAGAUUGCUGCAGACGCCGAGGAUGAGCACGAUGACUGAUUUGCGUUGACGGUGGUGGAGUAAUUUGUUUUUAUAUGAGGGAUUUUUGUUUGUGUUGGAAAUUGUGUGUCCUUAUGCCUGUCACCUAAAUGCCUACUGUACCCAGCACAGCACAAAUCUGGCAACAUAGACUCUGUUG